CACACGCACACACACUACACAGCUGGAGGAGAGGACUUGGCACGCUGACUAGAUGACUGCAACGGCUGACACGCAUCCUCGUGUGAACUCGCUGCUUUUUGCACCAAACGACAACAUGCGAUAAAAAAAUAUAUAUACAUAUUGCUUUGGCCAUUUCUAACCACACGCUCCAGGCACUUCUGAUAAGUUUAAUUCCAAGCGCCUUUAGCGAAAAGAUCGUCAUUUUUUUUUUCUUUUUCUUUGGGGAGGAGCGAAUGUCCCUGCUCACUCCACAGUUGGUAUCAAUGUUCCGGCUGCACACGAAGGGCAUGGGAACUAUCUUCUUCUAAAGUGUGACACGCGAAGGAGGGAGGGGGCGGCGGUUAUGGAGCCCGCCACGUCUGAGCAGUCGACCACCGUGGACGACCUGGUGGAGGCAUGCAUCCGAGCCUUUGAUGAGAAAGGGGCGUUGGGGGACCCUUCGCUGGUGCGUAUGUUCCUCAUGAUGCACCCUUGGUACAUCCCGUCGACUGACAUGGCCGGCAAGUUGGUGCACAAGUCUCAAGAGGAAGGCUGCACAGCGGAGCACCGAAGCAAAAUUUGCCAUCUUGUCAAGUAUUGGAUCUCGGAGUUCCCCGCCGAGUUCAAUCUGAACCCCGAGUUGACCGAGCAGAUGAAGGACUUCAAAGACCUCCUGACCACAGAGGGCAACGAACGCCAGAGCCAGCUCAUUGACAUCGAGAGCGUGCCGUCUUACGAAUGGAAGCGUCAGGUGACCCAGCGUGUCCCGUCCGUGUCCAAAAAGAGGAAAAUGUCCUUGCUCUUCGACCACCUCGACUCCUGUGAACUAGCCGAGCACUUGACCUACUUGGAGUACAAGUCCUUCUGCAAGAUUCUGUUUCAGGAUUACCACAGCUUCGUGAUGCACGGCUGCACGGUGGACAACCCCGUGCUGGAACGUUUCAUCACGCUUUUCAACAGCGUCUCCCAGUGGAUCCAGCUCAUGGUCCUAAGCAAGCCCACGGCGCCUCAGAGAGCCUCGGUCAUCUCGCACUUUAUCAGAGUCGCACAGAAACUGCUGCAGCUGCAGAACUUCAACACGUUAAUGGCGGUGGUGGGCGGCCUGAGCAACAGCUCGAUUUCACGCCUCAAAGACACGCAGGCGCACGUCAGCGCCGAAACCAACAAGGUUUUCAACGGUCUCAUCGAGCUGGUGACGUCAUGCGGCAACUACAGCCAAUACCGCAAACGCUUCUCGGAAAGCUCCGGCUUCCGGUUUCCCAUCCUGGGCGUUCACUUGAAGGAUCUGAUCGCCGUACACGUGGCGCUGCCGGACUGGACCGACAAGGAGAAGACUCGGGUCAACCUGGCCAAAACGCAACAGCUCUACGUCAUCCUGCAGGAACUGGCCACCAUUCAGAACACGCCGCCCAACGUGGAUGCCAACACGGAUUUACUCAACCUGUUGACGGUGUCUCUAGACCAGUACCACACAGAAGAAGAGAUCUACCAAAUGUCAUUGCAGAGGGAACCUCGCAAGUUAGCGCAGAACUCCAACCCCGCUCCAGCUCCCGACCCGAAGUCCACGUUGAUGGAUGAGUUGGCAGUGUCAGUCAAGCCGAACGCCGACCCGACAGUCAUCAAGAAGCACAUCGAGAAGAUGGUCGAGUCCGUCUUCAAGAACUUUGACACGGACGGCGACGGACACAUAUCCAGAGAUGAGUUUGAAGCCAUCAGGAACAAUUUCCCCUACCUCAGCAAAUUUGGAGAUCUGGAUAAGAACCAAGACGGCAAAAUCAGCCGAGAGGAGAUGAUCGACUACUUCAUGAGGGCCAGCUCGCUCCUCAACUGCAAGAUGGGCUUCAUCCACACCUUCGCAGAGGCCACCUACGUCAAGCCCACCUUCUGCGAGCACUGCGCCGGCUUUAUAUGGGGCUUCUACAAGCAAGGCUACAAGUGUAAAGCCUGCGGGGUCAACUGCCACAAGGCCUGUCGUAGCCGUCUGGCCGUCGAGUGCCGCAAAAGAACCAAGAGCAUCAGCCACGAGACGCCGCCCGCUCUCCAGGCCAGAUCUUACAGCUUCCCGCCACCUGCCAACCCUCCACCGAACCUCCAGAACACCGCAAUUGCCGAGGAGGAUUUAGAGGCGGUGGAAGAAGGCAUUUUUGAUGUUCACCUAUAACAGGCAUCUUGAAGUUUGCACGUCACAGGACAGAACUCACUGCUCCCACCCAGUGGUCGCUUACCGCUACUGCAACACUUGCAACACCACCUUCACUGGCCUCCAUAUAGACAUGCCAGUUCGUGUUCGAGGAACGCAAGUGGAAACUGUCGGUGCGGGGGCCCAAGUGUGUGACCCACGAACCAAGUUAGAUUUGUGUCACGUGUCCCUCAACAUCCCCGUGUUUGCAGAAAAAAAAAAAAAAAAAAAAAGGACCGGAAAACACUUUUUGAUGCAUCUCGUAUUUGCUGCGUGUUUGUUGUUGCACGUCCAUUUUCUGUGGAAAAAAAAAAAAGAAGCAUUUUAUUUCCCCACAGAGACGCUUUCAGCCAUCAAGCGCCAUAUUGUGAACAUCUGCUCUGCUCUUUCCUCUGUGAAUCGCUUCAAAAGCUGCUGCUGCCUUGAUGAAGAAUAUUUGCAAUGGCUAUUUCUGUUCAUUUAUCUUCCACUGCAACCUCAGCCUAAUAAGAAAUCAGAUUCAAGUUUUUUUUGUGUGUGUUCACCUCCUUGUCUGUGCAACGGUGUUUGUCCACUGCCCGUUAGCGCAGAAGAAUAAAAAGAAACGCUGAUGUCAUCACAA